GAGGGUCUGCGCGGCUGAGGACCCUCCGGCUGCGCAUCUCUCGGCUGCCGCCGCCUUUGCCGCGCCCCGGCCACCGCUUGGCUCCCCACUGCCUCUGGAAGGGCAGGGCUAUACAGAGGCUUGGCGGGAAAAAGAGCACGGAGGGGAGGGGUGUUCCUAGCAGUAUAAAAGCCGGUUUUCUGGGCUUUCUCUUGACUCGCUGUAGUAAUUCCAGCGAGAGGCAGAGGGAGCGAGCGGGCGGGCCCUCCAGGGUGGAAGAGCAGAGCCGGCCGAGCAAGCUGAGUCGCGCUCUGGGCGCCCGGGGGAAGGGAGAUCCGGAGUGAAAGGGGGUCUUCGCCUCCGUCCCGGCCGCCCCCACCCCACCCCACCCUGCCCGCCGACCCCUGCCAGCGGUCCGCCACCCGCGCCGCAUCCACGAAACUUUGCCCACUGCAGCGGGCGGGUACUUUCCACUGGAACUUACAACACCCGAGCGACAACGCGACUCUCCGGACGCGGAGAGGCUAUUCUGCCUAUUUGGGGAGACACUUUUCCCAGUCGCUGCCCACGACUCGCUCCUCUGAAAGGCGCUCCUCGCCGCUUUUUGGACGCUGGAUUUCCUUCGGAUAGUGGAAAACCCGCAGGCUGCCGCGAUGCCCCUCAACGUCAGCUUCACCAACAGGAACUAUGACCUCGACUACGACUCGGUGCAGCCUUAUUUCUACUGCGACGAGGAGGAGAACUUCUACCAGCAGCAGCAGCAGAGCGAGCUGCAGCCGCCGGCACCCAGCGAGGAUAUCUGGAAGAAAUUCGAGUUGCUGCCCACCCCGCCCCUGUCCCCGAGCCGCCGCUCCGGGCUCUGCUCGCCCUCGUACGUCGCGGUCGCGUCCUUCUCCCCCAGGGGAGACGAUGACGGCGGCGGCGGCAGCUUUUCCACGGCCGACCAGUUGGAGAUGGUGACCGAGCUGCUGGGAGGAGACAUGGUGAACCAGAGCUUCAUCUGCGACCCCGACGACGAGACCUUCAUCAAAAACAUUAUCAUCCAGGACUGUAUGUGGAGCGGCUUCUCAGCCGCCGCCAAGCUCGUGUCAGAGAAGCUGGCCUCCUACCAGGCUGCGCGCAAAGACAGCGGCAGCCCGAUUCCCGCCCGCGGACACGGCGGCUACUCCACCUCCAGCUUGUACCUGCAGGACCUGAGCGCCGCCGCCUCCGAAUGCAUCGACCCCUCGGUGGUCUUCCCCUACCCGCUCAACGACAGCAGCUCGCCCAAGCCCUGCGCCUCCCCCGACUCCACCGCCUUCUCCCCGUCCUCGGACUCUCUGCUCUCCUCCGCCGAGUCCUCCCCACGGGCCAGUCCCGAACCCUUGGCUCUCCACGAGGAGACACCACCCACCACCAGCAGCGACUCUGAGGAAGAACAAGAGGAUGAGGAAGAAAUUGAUGUUGUUUCUGUGGAAAAGAGGCAGCCCCCUGGCAAAAGGUCGGAAUCAGGGUCACCCUCUGCCGGAGGCCACAGCAAACCUCCUCACAGCCCCCUGGUCCUUAAGAGAUGCCAUGUGUCCACGCACCAGCACAAUUAUGCAGCGCCCCCCUCCACCAGGAAGGACUAUCCCUCUGCCAAGAGGGCUAAGUUGGACAGUGGCAGGGUCCUGAAACAGAUCAGCAACAACCGAAAAUGUGCCAGCCCCAGGUCCUCGGACACGGAGGAGAAUGACAAGAGGCGGACACACAAUGUCUUGGAACGCCAGAGGAGAAACGAGCUGAAACGCAGCUUUUUUGCCCUUCGAGACCAGAUCCCAGAGUUGGAGAACAAUGAAAAAGCCCCCAAGGUAGUUAUCCUUAAAAAAGCCACAGCUUACAUCCUGUCUGUCCAAGCAGAGGAGCAAAAGCUCGUGUCAGAAAAAGACGUGCUGCGGAAGAGGCGAGAACAGUUGAAACUCAAACUUGAACAGCUACGGAACUCUUGCCCAUAAAUUGACCUAUUGGAGGGAGGAACUAGAAUGGCCCAUGAAUUCUCACUUGUUACUAAGAGAAAGUAAGGAAGAAGGUUCCUUGGGACAGAACUGCUUGCUGGCCAUCAUUUGAACUCAUUAUUAUGUAUGAACUUUUUCUCGAAUGCAUGAUCCAGUGCAACCUCACAACCUUGGCUGGGUCUUGGGACUAAAAGGCCUAGACAUAAUAUAAACUGCCUCAAAUGGAACUUUGAGCAUAAAAGAACUUUUUUUAUGCUUACCAUCUUUUUUUUUUCCUUUAACAGAUUUGUAUUUAAAAAUUGUUUUUACAAAAUCUUAAUGUUCAGCAAACUUUCCUCUGUAAAUAUGGUCAUUAAAUGUACAUAAUUUUAAUAAAAAAACGUUUAUAGCAAUUAUACAAAAUUUCAACAAGACAUGUAUUAUAAACCAUAAUUUUUUUUAUUUAAGUACCUUUUCCUUUUUAAAGUUGAUUUUUUUCUAUUGUUUUUAGAAAAAAUAAAAUAUUUGGCAAAUAUAUAAUUAAGCCAAA